UUCACCUACUAGCAGACCCAGUUAAUCAAGCUCAGACUGAUGGAUGAACAUUUAAAAAGAAAGCAGCGCGAUUUUUGCUGCGUAUUCUAACUAAGACCCUUUUUUGGGUAAAGUUAUUCGCCCGAAUCAAGUAAUAGCUCACAAUAUGUCUACAAAGAAACUGGCCAGAGAACUGGGAUUAUUGAGGCAGCGGAGUCAGUCAUCUAAUGGGUCAAAGAAAUCAUUGUUAUCAAAUCAAAUAUUUGCAUACCUGAUUGUUAUUGAUUUUGAGUCAACUUGCUGGAGAGAGAAAAACAACUAUGGCCAGGAAAUUAUUGAGUUUCCUGCCGUUCUGCUGAACACGUCCACAGGGGAGGUCGAGUCUGAGUUUCAUACUUAUGUUCAACCCCAAGAGCGCCCCGUUCUGUCCGAGUUCUGCACAGCGCUGACGGGGAUCAAACAGAUGCAAGUGGAGGCAGGGAUCCCCCUUCAGAUCUGUCUUUCCAGGUUCAACCGCUGGCUGCAAAACCUGCAGCUCCAGAUGGGUGUGGUCUUUUUCAACAGUCGACAGAGUUCUUCUGCACCUUCACCUUCUCAAAAACGAUGUACCUUCGUCACAUGGUCAGACUGGGAUCUCGGAGUUUGUUUGCAGUACGAGUGUAAACGCAAGCAGCUCCAUAAACCUGAUGUGCUCAACAGCUGGAUAGACCUGAGAAGCACCUACAGGCUGUUUUACGACAGGAAACCCAAAGGCCUGAAUGGAGCACUACAAGAUUUGGGAAUACAGUUUUCUGGGAGAGAACAUUCUGGUUUGGAUGAUUCCCGUAAUACAGCUCAUUUGGCAUCGAGGAUGAUGAGGGAUGGGUGUGUGAUGAAGAUCACUAGGAGCCUGGAGAAGACGCCAUCAAUGGUCAAACCCAUGUUUGGAAACACAACUGCAGACGACAAAAAAGAAAAAUCCAGCGCCGAAAACGCAACUACCACAAACAAACCCUCGUCAUCCGAGAUUCCUCCCAAAUCAUGUCAGAUAAAAUCAUGUUCAGAGAACAUAACAAGGUAUUUAAACACAAAGGAAAACGCAAGUUCUGCUCAAAUCUGUCAGAGCCUGAUCUCACCAAAGACACUGCUGAAUGGUACAACUACGCCACAAUGGGGGUGCAGCAGGAGGUCCGAUACAGCAGUGGCUGUCGCUAAUAUUUCCUCUUCAGUUAUGAUAAAUUGUCCUUCACCGCGCAAUAAUAACAACAGCCUUGUGCUGUGUUCUAGUACUCUGGGCUGCCUUUCAAAUCUGCCUCAGCCAAACCUGCCCUCCGAAGAGGAAGCUGCAGAACUUUUAGUGGAAACAGAGGACCGGUGUGGUUCAUAUGAUGAUGUGGUGUUGGAGGGGGAUGAUGAUGAUGGUGAUGAUGGGGUCAGUAUAGAAUUUGACGGCGGGUGUCCUGUGUGGGAAGAGCCUGAUGAUGCACAUUCAGCAGGCAGUCAGGUCACAUUAAGGGACAAGAUAAGAGAAAACACUGAAAGUGUUGAAAACAAGUUUAAAACUCAAAAGAUGACCAGUGAGUCAUCAACGACGUGUCGACCUACAAAGAAGACAUCCCACAUUAAAGUGUCGAAUCACUUAAAUGAAAGGCAGCAUUCAACGAUCUCCGAGCACAAUACUUUUGCUGUGCCUGAAACAGUGACUCGGGACUCCAAAUCAAAUCAGCACAAAACAGGACUUCAAGUACAAGGAAAGUCUUAUGUGUCUCAUAAGAGCUGUGAAACAAACACACCCUCUCUAUUAAGGCACAAACCCUUCAUCCCAGAAAAGACCUCCACCCCUUAUACCUUAUUUUCCAGGCCCAAAGCAGUCGUUACACAACACCCAAAGCACAAAGAGACUCCAAAAUCUUCCUUCACCAUCUACACUGACCCACCAAAACCCUCCCGUCCCUCCUCAUGUGGCUCUUUUUGCUCCAAGAAUGUCCUCUCCUCUUUGACGACCAGAGUGCUCUCCUCACGUAACAAUAAUUCCUCCAUUUCUGGGACAAUAAAAGGAGGACAGAGGAUCACAUCCCCGCUGUGUGCGUGUGGACGUCGUGCAAAGCGUCAGCUCGUAUCCAACGGUGGUCCAAACCACGGGCGAGGGUUUUUCUGCUGCCCGGUCCGCCGGUCGGGCAGCGGAGGCAGGAUCCAAAAGGGCUGCGAGUUCUUCAAGUGGGAGUCGGCUCUGUUGAAGAGCAGUUCAGUGGCCGCUGCUGCUGUCGGCUCCUCCGUCUCACUCUGUCAGAUCGACUCAACUCUGCGCCGUCGUCCACCCCAGAGGUCAACACUGAGAAAGAGCUAUUAAAGCUUUUUUGCAUUUAUAUUUGUUGAAAUACUCUUUCCGUUCAUACUGAUUAUUUUGGGGGGGCCUGAAGGGACAGACUGUCAGUGUUGCCAACUUGGUGACUUCCUCACUAGAUUUAGUGACUUUUGGAAAAGAGGGUUCUCCUCUUUAUGUAACAAGAAAAGUAAAAUCUGAAUUUUACAUUUGAAAACGUGAGAUCUCGUUUAAUGAACUACAUACAGCAGUACAAAUCCAAGCUGUAAUUGUAUUGACAGUGAAUGCUCAAUUAAAUGUAUUAUUGGUGUUUAGAUAAUUAAUUUCUUUUUAUCAAGUUAAAAUGUCCCAAAAAAUCUGCUUCAUUGUAUUUCUGUAAUAAAGUAAAUUAUUUUUAAUGUUAGGCUGUUUCGUUAAACUUAGUUAUGCUUUUUAAAGUGUAAUGAGCAUUAAUGAAAAUGACAAUUAACUAAUGAAAUGUGUUAAUAUGAUCAUAUAUUUUAGACAGCGACCAAUCAUGAAUCAAUUUAUUUAUGA